AUGGUUUCCGGGCCUAUCAUCUCCUUGCACAUGCUGCUUGGCGCCAUAGUCGGCUGGGGUGUUCUAUCGCCUCUUGCCCGGGCCAAAGGCUGGGCGACAGGCCAUGUCGGAGAUUGGGAUACUGGCAGUCGCGCCUGGAUUGUUUGGAUCGGCCUGGCCACAUUGCUGGCAGACUCGCUGGUGAAGCUUGGGUGGCCAUUCAUCGCGGCCGCAAGGGCUAAAUUCAACAGGGCCAGCUCUUCCACUGCUGGUUUUGCAGUCAUCGGCAGCUCCGGCGAUGAGCCCGAAACAUCCCAUCAGCCCAGAACGCCUACAGACCAGUGGAUGGUAACGCUUCUCAGUCUCUUAGCAGCAUCGUUGUUCUGCGUUUUAGCUUCCACCAUUGUCUUCGGCUUUAUGCCUAGACAUGUUCUUGUUCUUUCGGUUGCUCUAACACUCCCAUUAAGCAUCAUGGGGAUUCGAGCUGUUGCUGAGACUGAUGUCAACCCGAUAGCUGGGAUUGGAAAGGUGGCACAGCUCAUAUUUGCUGUAGUUGUUCCGCCAUCGAAUUCUCAUGUGAUUCUCAUCAAUCUCGUUGCGGGCUCGAUAGCAGAGGCUGGGGCGAACCAGGCAGGCGACCUCGCGUUUGACCUGAAAAUUGGCCAUCUAGUUGGUGCCAAAGCCUGGGUGCAGCUUUACGGCCAGAUCAUCGGCUGCAUUGCAGGCUCGUUCAUGGCCUGUGGCCUGUACAAACUGUACACUGUCGUAUACACCAUCCCGGACAAGCGCUUUCAGAUUCCGGUAGGGUACAUGGCCAUCAUUGCUGCGAGACUAGUGACGGGAAAGGGCCUGCCCGAUGGCGCUCUCGAGUUUGUGACUGCCUUUGGCAUCUUCUUCUCCAUCACCACCGUCAUUAAGAUGAGGUACGCGGAACACAGGUGGCAAAACAUAUUGCCCAGCGGAGUGGCUUUUGCUGUUGGCAUUUACACAACUCCUUCGUUCUCUCUGGCCCGCAUGAUAGGCGGUCUUCUCAGCUGGUACUGCCGUACCUAUCGUGAAGGAUCUUACAGCUUGAUGGCCGUUUUUGCUAGCGGACUCAUUCUUGGCGAAGGGCUCUGCAGCAUCAUCAUCCUAUUUCUUCCCUAA